AUCUCGGCGGAGCUUACGGACAACCAGCCGUCUGGUUUCCUAGGAAACAAAAUCUUGGCUAGAAAUAGUGAAUCAUUUCCAGGUCACUUUCAACAUGGAGAGUGGAGCAGGGAAGCAUUGGACUGAGGAGGAGGUUAAAGCCUUGUUAAGCGUCUGGUCAGAAAAAAAUAUCAGAAAGCAACUGCACGGCACUCUGAGGAAUAAAGGAAUAUUUAUCUACAUUGCUAAAAGGUUGCAGGAGUUGGGAGUGUGCAGGGACUGGAAACAGUGCCGUGCAAAGUACAAAAACCUCAAGUACGAAUACAGAACGGUUAAAUAUGCCCACAACUCUGGGGAUGUCACUAAAACCAUGAAGUUUUUCCAUGAUCUGGAUGCCAUAUUGCGAUAUGAGCCUGUCACACAAUUAGCAGCAGAAGAAAACGGCAGGUGUUCUGCGACUGAGACACAGCUGAACACAAGCCCCACAACAGACAGCACGCAAGGUGAAAUACCAGUUUCUUUAGAAGAUGAUGAGGAUGCUCCAGGAGAUCCACUACUUUUUAUAUCUCAUGCCAGACCAGUUCAACUAGGUAAUCCAGCGUCAGCAGUAGAGGCUUCCAAAGCAGCGGCUUUCAUUCCUACAGUGGCAAAUGAAGGAGGAAAACACUGGACUGUUAAUGAAGUCAGAGCUUUGAUACGCAUAUGGUCAGACAAAAAUAUCCAGCAACAACUGGAGGGGACAGUGAGGAAUAAAAGAAUAUUUGAGCAGGUUGCUGCUAGACUGCAAAAGUUUGGAAUUGACAGGGACUGGAAGCAGUGCAGGACAAAAUACAAAAAUCUGAAACAUGAAUACAAGAGUGUAAAAAGUGCCCAAGACUCAGGGAGUACGAGUAAAAGUAUGAAAUUUUUUAAUGAACUGGAUGCUAUUCUGGGGCACUGCACAAUGGAACAAGCAAGUAAAUCAGAUAAUGAUGAAAGUGAGAGGCCUCCAGAAUGGACAGAAGCAAAAUCAGAAAAGGAUUCCGUAGAAAUGCCUGCAGACACAGGUGAAGAGGACUCUGUUAGUAAUACGUCAGAAGACCUACAGGUUGCAGAUAUAAAGAAAGUUUCUGAUUCAGAUGAUGUUACUGUAAACACUACUCCAGAGAGUCGGGCAGCUCUGCAUAUAACCAAAGAAACUAAUAUGACAAAAAUCUUUGAAGAUGAGGGGGACUUAACCAACUCCACCCCAGCAGCUCUGGAAGCUACACAAAUAAAGAAGGAGACAAUUUAUAUAGAUGAUGAUUCUAUAAGCACUACCUCAGAAGACAGAUCUUGUACGCCAGUAGCAAAACAGAUGGUUGGGACAGACAAUCACAUUCCCUUGGAAGAAGCACAAAAUCACUUUAAAGUUAUUACAGUUAAUGAUACUGGAGCAGGAAAACACUGGAGUGAUAAUGAAGUUAGGGCUCUGAUAAACAUAUGGUCAGAUGAAAAGAUACAACAAAUGCUUGAAGGGGCCACAAGAAAUAAAGAAAUAUUUGAGGAAAUUGCCAGAAGAUUAAUGAAACGUGGUAUAGACAGAGACUGGAAACAAUGUCGCACAAAGUACAAGAACCUAAAAUAUGAAUACCGUGCACUGCAGAAAGAAAAUGAGCAUCUUGGAAAUCCCAGGAGAAAAAUGAGAUUUUAUGAUGAAGUUGACUGUAUUUUAAGAAGGCAGCCUCUGGGAACCUCAGGCUGGGGAUGUGAAAGCUCAAGUCUCCUAUCAGUUUCAGUGGGAGAUGCUACAGCAAACAUAGGACCUUUGAGUACCAAGAGAAAAACAUGGAAUGAUGAGGUGUCACCUGUUCCACUUAAGAAAAAUGCUUCUGAAAACACCAUACUCCACUUCCAAAAACUAUUAACAGAGAGAGUGCACACAGUAACAGAAGGCAAAAAGUUACUGUUUGAAAGGCUUUGUAAGCAGGAAGAAAUGCAAGACCUCAACAGAACACAGGUGUAUACUGAUCCAUCAGCCAUACAACAGACUUGAAGCUUGGCAAAAAAGUUAAUGAAGGAAAAACGAAAGAAGUGUACGAGCUGCCAGAUAUCCCAGGAUGUGUUCUCAUGCAGUCAAAAGACCAAAUAACGGCGGGAAAUGCAGCCAGGAAAGACCGAAUGGAAGGGAAGGCUGCCAUUUCCAACACAACGACGAGCUGUGUGUUUCAGCUGCUUCAGGAAGCUGGCAUCAAAACAGCUUUUGUCAGGAAACAGAGUGACACAGCGUUCAUAGCAGCUCACUGUGAAAUGAUCCCGAUUGAAUGGGUGUGCAGAAGAAUUGCUACUGGCUCCUUCCUCAAGAGAAACCCUGGUGUCAAAGAAGGAUACAAGUUUUACCCACCCAAAAUUGAGAUGUUUUUCAAGGAUGAUGCUAAUAAUGAUCCACAGUGGUCUGAAGAGCAAAUAAUCGAAGCAAAAUUCUGUUUUGCUGGACUUACAAUUGGCCAGACUGAAGUGGACAUUAUGUCUCGUUCUACUCAAGCCAUUUUUGAGAUCCUGGAAAAAGCAUGGCAGCCCCAAAACUGCACUCUUGUAGACCUGAAGAUCGAAUUUGGUGUUAAUGUGCUGACAAAAGAAAUUGUUCUUGCUGAUGUUAUUGACAAUGAUUCAUGGAGACUGUGGCCAGCAGGAGACAGAAGCCAGCAAAAGGACAAACAGUCCUAUCGGGACCUGAAAGAAGUGACUCCUGAAGCACUGCAAAUGGUUAAGAGAAACUUUGAAUGGGUUUCAGAAAGAGUGGAGUUGCUUCUAAAAACAAAGAGCCAAAGUAGAGUUGUGGUGUUAAUGGGAUCUUCUUCUGACCUCAGUCACUGUGAAAAAAUAAAAAAGGCAUGUGCAACCUUUGGAAUUCCUUGUGAAUUAAGAGUGACUUCUGCUCACAAAGGGCCAGAUGAAACCCUGAGGAUCAAAGCAGAAUAUGAAGGAGAUGGAAUCCCAACAGUGUUUGUUGCAGUGGCUGGCAGAAGCAAUGGCUUGGGGCCAGUGAUGUCUGGUAACACUGCUUACCCAGUUGUCAACUGCCCUCCACUCUCAGCUGACUGGGGCACUCAGGAUGUGUGGUCCUCUCUCAGACUACCCAGUGGUCUUAGCUGUCCCACUACUCUGUCACCUGAAGGAGCUGCCCAGUUUGCUGCCCAGAUAUUUGGGCUAAACAACCAUUUAGUGUGGGCCAAACUGCGAUCAAACAUGUUAAACACCUGGAUCUCCCUGAAGCAGGCUGACAAAAAACUUAGAGAGUGCUCCUUGUAAGUCACACUGACAAGUAACUGUUAUUAGUUACACAGUGAUAAUGGUGUGUGCAUUUUCAUUCAUAUUAGGAUUUACCCCUGGAUGAGCUCAGAAGUCCUGCAUCAUUUCUUGCAGAAGAAAGCAUUGUUAGAGCAGAAUAGGAAGUUUGUCGUGUAGUCAUCCUUCCCUUGUGUAUUUUUUAAUAUAACAGCUAAGUAGAGAUGGGGAAGUAGAAUUUUAGGUACUCUUAGGUAUUCUUUCUGUUGCUCCAGAAUGGUACUGUUCUGCUUUUUAGCCUAUAAAGUUAACUACAGACUAUGUCAAGAGAAUGAUUUGGUACAAUCUUAAUAGAAAUCAACUAGUCUUCUGCACUUCUGUAACAGUAACAUUCUUAUAUAGUGUUAAUCUAUGUCUUGAACCUUGUUAACUGAACUGGAUUGCUGACAAAGGCCAGUGUUGAUGCUGUUCUGCUUGCAAUGAUGGUAUGCUUUCUUUAGCAAUAAAAUGGCAACAUAUACUGUAUUAAUAGGAAAAGAGUGUGGGAAAAUGUCUUAAGAGCCUGAAAUAAAUACAUGCCUUAUUUUAAAAAUGUAUAUACAUACAAGUAUCUUUUCAAAAACUGUGUAUGUGUAUAUUUACCCCAUUGAUAUCUUUUGGAAUGAUGUGAUGGAGUUGACACCAAUUUGCUUGUUCAUAACAAGCCAUAAAUACAAAUGGCUUGAGUGACCUGUAACUUGGCUUGUUGCUGUUUGCUCUAACUCUUGCCUAGGCAGAUGUACCUUCAGUAGUUCUGUAGGGGCUGUGAUGAUGUUGGACUGUCUUCAUACACUUCAAUAACUAUAGCUAUUCUGUGUCUAUAUUUCCUCACUCUGUUUCUGUGGAAAUUUUACUGAACAGGGGAACAAAUACUAAAGCAACAAACUUCUGGGGGGAAAUCUAAGCACGACUUUCUUGUCUUUGCACACACCAGUCUUUUGAGUAAGUAAGAUUCUAACAUAUAUGCAAUUACUCAAAGUAUGUAAUACCUAUCCUUUUACAAUUCUAAAUAAACUAUUGAAUGCAAAUCUGC